UCCACCUUUUGUCGCGACAUUUGGAUGCACUAAAGUCUAUGUAGACGACGGGAUUCCCACAUCUCUACUUCGCGCCGCCAUUUGUCGAGGUCCAUCUCGUUCUGGCCCCUCCUCGCGCUUUCCUCCACGCCGAGCCACGGCCUACGAGGUAGCAAUCAAGAGCGUUGUUAGCACAUCGAAUUUGCUGAGCUUCUAAGCUAGUACGCGGCAGCAGGCAUGGCUGAAGCUGGGCCCAGUGCGCCUCUCACAGCCCGCUCUGAGGCCAAGAUCGCUUCCUUCGUCAAGGGCACACCAACUCAAGCUCCUCCUUUUGUCGCUUCCUUGACUGGUGGGGCAUUAGCGGGUCUGUCUGUCGACCUGCUCUUCUACCCCAUCGACACCAUCAAAACGCGCUUGCAAGCGAAAGGUGGCUUCCUGCAAGCUGGAGGAUUCAAGGGCGUGUACAGAGGAAUCGGCAGCGUAGCUGUGGGAAGCGCCCCGGGAGCUGCGCUCUUCUUUGUCACCUACGAAUCGCUCAAGCCGGCGCUGGCCCCACUGUUCGGAGAUGGUGCUUCCUCGCACAUGCUGGCCGGAAGUUUGGGAGAGGUGGCAGCAUGCUUGAUACGCGUUCCUACAGAAGUGAUCAAGUCUCGACAACAGACGUCCUCGUAUGGAGCUUCUGCAUCGAGCGCCAAUGCUCUGCGAGCGGUGAUUGCAGAGAGCGGCUUGCGCGGUCUGUAUAGAGGCUUUGCCGGCACCGUAGGGCGAGAAAUUCCCUUCACGUGCAUUCAAUUUCCCUUGUACGAAGCGUUGAAGCGACGGAUAGCCCGGUCAAAUGCGUUGCGCUCAGGCCAGCGGGAUAGCUCUGUAUCUGAAAGCUACGCCACUACUGCCUCCCCAGCUUCGGCUGCAGAUCUUCCUACUUGGCAAGCUGGCCUUGCUGGAUCUGCAGCGGGAGGAAUCGCAGCUGCUAGCACCACGCCGCUAGACGUGGUCAAGACUCGGAUCAUGCUCGAAAGGCGAUCGAUAACACAGGCGACCGAGCCCGCCAAAUCCUCCGCUCCAGCUCUCAAGGCUUCCGGAGUCAAUUCGCGUAUCAUACCCACCUUGCUGCACGUGGCACGGACAGAGGGUCUAGCUGCCCUCUUUGCUGGAGUUGUGCCCAGAACGCUGUGGAUCAGCGGGGGAGGCUUUGUGUUCCUCGGCACUGCGCACUUCACCAUUAGUGCUCUAGGCAAAGCGCCUUUGCCGUGAUGCAUGUAUAGGAAUGGAUGGGCAAAGCAAAGAGCAUCGAGAGAGAGAGAUACAGAGUUC